CUAGCGGUAGGCGAGUGAAGAAAUGAAAGCGAAGCAGUCUCGAAAUGGAUGCAGCCUACCAAACUCACUGACAAUGUUGAGAUUUGAUUUUGGCACGAAGAUUGCGCCAAAUCGCUCAUAUGGAUUGGCAACAUUUUCCUUGGAUUAGAGAAAUUAAGUGUCGAAAUGUCCAUGGAAGACAGAGGUGGUCUGCAAAAGCCCAGAGAAAUAGAGACAAACUGAUUUAAUACAUUUCCAACCAUGGAAAGCGAUAAUGGUGCCGUGAGAGAAGGUGUGUUGGUACCUGUGCUACCAGGUUCGAAAAACUUCGACAACAGCAUUCGGCCUCCACUGCAAAACUCGUACAUGUACAAGGAGUCUAAGCAGUCUUUCAGAUACAACUCUGCUUUCUUGAUAAACAAUGCUACUCUGCAGGAACGGUAUGAGGCUUUCCGAACAAAGAGGAGAGACAUGGGAUACACAGAGGAAGAAAUGGAGGAGUCCUAUGGCUUCUUGCUGUUUGACGACGAAAAUAAGGCAAAUAGAGUGGGAGAAACUGGUGUUGUCCCUGGACACAGCACAUGUACCACACUUGGAGAUCCUUCGAAGGGUGUGUACGUGUCCAAGUACUCGGACUGCCUGGACUUAAACCGCUGGUACCACGGGAAGUCUGGGUACAUCGCCAUCAUCAGGCUCACCAAGGGCAGGGUCAGAGAAGUGACUGAGAACUACACAGUAAAUUACACCUCUCCCUCUAAUGGGUUUGACUGUCAUGUAUCAGAGCAGCUCAGUUCUGUGUCAGCCAACACCAGCUCCUUCCUGGCCUUCGAGAGAACACAGUACUACAUGUAUGAGCUGCCUGUUGGAGGGGCAGUCCAGCCUCCCAGCCAUGUCUGCCCAUUCGCUAUCGUGGCUUUCUCCUAUUGGGAUACCAAGACACCCGCAUCAGAGGACAAGGAGAAAAGUGAGGAAGAAAAAACAGUCUUUCACUACUAUCCGUGGAGGGGCCAGCUCCAAAUCAGCUCUCAGAUCUACCAUGUGGGUCUGAAGUCCAGCACAGGACCCCUAAUCCCAGCUAAACUUCCAACAAUGAUGUCAGUUGACGGAGCAAUUCAAAUGUCAGAUCUGAGGCAGAAAUUACCGAAGGCUAUAUUUGAAACCUGUUUCUCCGGUGAAGUGUCUCUGGAAGGAAUGGCUUGCAGUCUGUAUGAGCUUUCACCCAGUGAGGCUGAAGACACCUCUCUCUCUCAGCUCACACAGGGCCUCAAGGAGAAAGACCUGGCCCUCACAAUACAACUGAAUGAUAAUGGUUUUCUUAUACUGUUACAUUCAUCUCACUUCCUCACAUAUGAAGAUACUGGGUCCAGUAAGCCAGAGGUAUUGCAGGGGAUGUUUGUGUUUCCAGACUCCAGAGCUAUACAUAGAGACACCAAGGUCUGCUGGAAGAAGCCCUUCCUCUCACCAGAGUGCCUCCAGGUGGUGCCUGCACUGAACUACGCAGAGACAGAGGUGGAAAAGUGCCUCCCUUCACCAAGCGGGGAGCUACGUGGUUUACUAGAGCAGCAUAUCCAGAGCUACGCUUCCCUCAUCCACCCUGGGCUUACCAUCAGUCCAUCCAGGGAGGCCAGCAUCUUCCCAGAUCAGUUUGAUGUUCCCGACGCCCUCAAAUACCUAUACUCCGCCCCCAAGUGGACUGAGAUGGGAUGGAAACGUCUCAAAUCUUAUUUCCACCAGCCGGGCUCCUUUGAGCUGUCGGUGUCCAGAGCCACGGAGCUUCUGGUGGCAGGGCGAGAGGAGCGAGGAGAUGAGCCGGAUGAUGAUGUCUACUACUGUCUGUCAUCUCCAGAGGGGUCCCCCAUGAGUCCUGCUAGUCUGGGUGGCCCAGAGGAGCAGCAGUCAGGGGGAAAGUCCCCAGGAGACACAGCUGACACAGCAGCAGACUUUAGUAAAGCACUUGCGGUGUCAAUGGAGGACUUUGAGAAACCUGGUAAGACUGUGGAAGACAUUAAUGCGCCAGACAAAGCAGUAAAGGAAGGGAAUAACUUGCUUUUGAAGGAAGUGCGAGAAAGGUUGCCCUCUGAUUUUAGCAAGCCUCUAAUCCCUGCGGAGGAUUUUGCGAAACCUGGUUUGAACAAGGCACCAAGUAAAGCACCAGUGACAACUUUGCCUCCAAAAGAGGUGCAGGAGGAGCUCACCUCUGAUCUUUCUCAGCCUCCUGUGUCGGCAGAUGACUCUGAAAAACCUGGGAAGACCAAGGCUGACUGUAAUGCACCAGGGGUAAGAACAGAGGAUGAAGGGACAAGUUUGAUCCCAGAGGAGGUUGAAGUUGAUGAACAAGAAAAGGUGCAUUCUGAUCUUUUAGAGCCUGUAGUCUCUGCAGAGGACUCGAGGAAACCAGCCCUGGCAGCAUUGGGCAAGGCAGACUGCAACGCACCAGAGGUAGGAGUAGCGAAUGAAGAGACUAACUUGUACCUGAAGGAGGUGCAAAAGGAUAUGCCCUCUGGUGUUUCACAGCUUCCAGUCUCUGCAGAGGUCUUGAGGAAAGCUGACCUGGCAGCAUUGGGCAAGGCAGACUGCAACGCACCAGAGGUAGGAGUAGCGAAGGAAGAGACUAACUUGUACCUGAAGGAAGUGCAAAAGGAAAUGCCCUCUGGUGUUUCACAGCCUCCAGUCUCUGCAGAGGUCUUGAGGAAACCUAGUCCGGCCCUGGCGACCAAGCCCAACAGCAAGGCACCAGAGGCAGGCGUAGAGGAUAAUAUGAAAACUUUGCCUCAGAAGGAGGUGCAAGAGGAGGUUCCCUCUGAUCUUUCCCAGCUUGCAGUGUCGGCAAAGGCUUUUGGGAUAGCCAGUAUGAGAGUGAUGAAAAAGGCUACAGAGGUGACAGAGGUUUCAACCUCACCUGCAUCAGGUAACCUCCCAACAGUGUUAGUCAUCACUGCCACUGAAAGAACUGCAACCAUUUUACCUCACAAUGAGUCCACCACAAAUAACUCCUCCAGUUUACCUUGCGCCAAAUUACAGGAUAAGGGCGGGAGGGCUCUCAAUGGACAACGUGACAAGGCCAAUCAGCCUUCAAAACUCACAGAGGUCAGUCAUUCCUCUAUAUCUGAUUGGAGGAAACGGCCAAGGAAACGUCAUAGAUUUAGCGGAUUGUGUAAAAGGAUCUUGAGGUCUACAGUGGCUGACUUUGAAGAGAAAGAAAAAGAGGACAUGGAAAGUAUGGAUUCAAGUGAAGUCUACCUAUUGAAAAAGAGGAAGGAACGGAUGGAUUUAAUUAAAGUUAACCCAUUGCAAAAGGAGGAAAGGAUGGAUGUAACCCAAGUUCGCCCAUUGAAAAUGCCAAGAGAACUGAUGAAUUUGAUCCAAGAUCCCCCAUUGAAAAAUAAGGAAAAGAUGGAUGUGACCCAAGUUCACCCAUUGAAAAUGCCAAGAGAAUUGAUGAAUUUGAUCCAAGAUCCCCCAUUGAAAAAGAAGGAAAAGAUGGAUGUGACCCAAGUUCACCCAUUGAAAAUGCCAAGAGAAUUGAUGAAUUUGAUCCAAGAUCCCCCAUUGAAAAUGAAAAGCAAGGAUUUAAUCCACUAUCACCCAUUGAGAAAUAAAGAAAGUAUGGAUUUGAUUCAUGACGACCAUCCUUUGAAAAAGAAGACCGAACGAUGGGACUUGAAGGCAAUCAUCUCCGAAUGUGGUAGAAUUUUUGUCCCUCACGGUUCAGAAGUUAUCGCCAAGGAUAUAGAAUCUUUGAAAGUUAAGGGGAAAGUGUUAGAUCACAAACAAUGUGCUGACGAGAUGAUGGUUGAAGCUUGUAUCAAAGUCCCCCAACCCAUGGAAACAGGAGAUGGACCUAACCUAGAGUUGAACAAGUCAGAUGAGAACAAAGAUUUUCCCAUAGGGAUGUUAGACAGUGAAGACAGUCUGCAUGAGGUCAAAAUGGUUGAUGUAGGCAAGAUGGCCUCUCUGAAUCCCUCAGAACUGCUCCUGAACAAAGACACGGAUUCUCCUUCCUCAGGAAAACACAAAAAGAAGCGUCAAUAUGUCGCAAUAUCCCUCAGUCAACUAAAGACAGUCCUUUCAAGAGGGGGAAAGAGAAAUAAACCCAUCAGUCCUGCUCCAGAAGAUCAAACAUCACCCGUGAACAAGAAAAGCAAGGCUGAUACUCCUGGCAUGGAUGAAAUGGAAAAUGUUAAUAUUAACAAAGCCAACCCGGACAGAACCACAGGUGCUGUUGAAGUUGCAAAGGAACAGACAUUUGGCCUAGACCCAAAGUUUGCACUAGCAUUAGGCUUGACUCCUACGGAGUUGAAUAAUGAUGCACACAAAUCUCCAGAAAAAAGUGAUAUUCCAUUAAAGAAAGACAUUCAGAGCAGACUGGAUCUGGUCCCACCUCAAGCCACAUCUGACCAAACGUCUGAGGCUUUGCCCAGCUCACCUUCAACAACAAUCAUCUUGGCGAGUCAGAGGAGACCAUUCAAAAAGAAACACGAGCACGCAGACUCCAUUAGGAAAAAAUGGUGGUUGCAUUAUCGCUCACCAGCUGCUUUAGAAAGGGAGACAGUAGCUAUAUCCUCCCAACUAGUGACACUUGACCCGGAUGUCAGCCGUGUUGUCAGUAGGGGUAGGCCCUGCGAAGGUGCCAGCGCUGUAUCGUGCCCACCUGCAGAGUCUCUGACCCUAUUGGCCGAUUUGGCUCGCAGUACCAGUAAUGACAAGGUACUGGAACAACAGUCAGACCCAAAGGCUCUUGAGAAACAAGAUGACCACCCAAGUUUGGUGAUAAGUGACAACAGUGUCAAAGAUGGCAUCUCUCCUCAUGAUCCAGAUGGUGAGCCAGAGUUUGUCCUUCCUGCUCUGCUGAAGCACCCUUCUGCUGCUAGGCUUAAACUCCCCCCUCAGUCUCCGUCACCCAAGGGGCUGGUGGUGGGGAGUGGGGAGCGGGUUGUGUUAGUCUCACAAGAGCAUUCAUACUCACUGCCGCCAUCCUCUCUACUAUUGGGUUUGUCAGGUUCAAUCGUUCAAGUCCCCAUUUCGGAGGGACUUCAGCAGCAUCGCAAGGAUAUCUUUGCUGACGGAACUCAAACACUACAGGCCUUCCUGUAUCAGCAGAAGGACCAGAACGGGAAGGAACCGGGAUUGGCUCGGGAAUCCCUGAGCAGAGGAAUCAGGUGCAGGCAGAAGUUCCAUCGCUUCCGGCGGUUCAUUGAAAAAGAUGGCUCAGUUCAAGUGACAAGGCUGUGGAAGGAAAACUAUAACUUUAAUUCAGACAGCAAGUUUACCAACGACCCUAAGGAUAAAACAGUUAUUAGAGCCCUACAUGGCCCAUGGGAUUUUGACAUUAAGGACACAAAGGAACAGGUUCAGCUCAUCAUCCACAUGUGGAUAGGUCUUUUCUACAGCAGGUCCACUGCGAGGUUCUGCCAGGCAGACUCAAGUCUAACAUGUUUGGAAAAAAAGGAUUCUAUAGAAGUGGCUCAUGGAAUGGUACCAGCCCAGGUUCCACCUGGGACCAAGACAAGUUCCCCUGCUUAUAUAGCCCUCUCCAGGAUACCAGAACCUGACGUUUUGGACCUUAGUAAAAUGGGUCAAAAAAAAGCACAACCAUUAAGCCUGGAAGCUGAGGUAUUGGACCUUUCAAUGAAAACAACCUCAACUGUGCUAGACUCUCUAGACACAGAGUCUAAGCGGAGAAUAGAUUUGAAAAAUCAUCCAUCAUACCUACCAGCAACUGGCCUGCACAAGGAAACCAUCUCUUGUCCAAAACAAAGUACAAGUGUUGAGUUAAAGGUUGUUUACAGAGACCGUGUGGACAGCGUGAUGUCAGAAAAAUCAAGUGACCUGGGUGAUGAUGAAGACUAUGAAACCAACAACCAUGAGAUUGACAGCAAGGGUACCCUCCAAAAUGGUGUGUCCCCUUACGAAAGAACUUUGGAAAGUGAUCGAUCGUACAUACUUUUGUGUGAACAGGCAGCAAGUGUGUACAUUCAUCAAGAGAAGCUCCUGGAGACUCAAACUGCUCAGGUUUUGGAGGGCAACAACAAAAAGCUCCUGGAGACUCAAACUGCUCAGGUUUUGGAGGGCAACAACAAAAAGCUCCUGGAGACUCAAACUGCUCAGGUUUUGGAGGGCAACAACAAAAAGCUCCUGGAGACUCAAACUGCUCAGGUUUUGGAGGGCAACAACAAAAAGCUCCUGGAGACUCAAACUGCUCAGGUUUUGGAGGGCAACAACAAAAAGCUCCUGGAGACUCAAACUGCUCAGGUUUUGGAGGGCAACAACAAAAAGCUCCUGGAGACUCAAACUGCUCAGGUUUUGGAGGGCAACAACAAAAAGCUCCUGGAGACUCAAACUGCUCAGGUUUUGGAGGGCAACAACAAAAAGCUCCUGGAGACUCAAACUGCUCAGGUUUUGGAGGGCAACAACAAAAAGCUCCUGGAGACUCAAACUGCUCAGGUUUUGGAAGGCAACAACAAAAAGCUCCUGGAGACUCAAACUGCUCAGGUUUUGGAGGGCAACAACAAAAAGCUCCUCCAAAAUGAGGAGGAGAUGACGGGUGAUGGAGAACCAAACGCAGUGUGUCUUAAAACCAUGGGCUCUAAGGAUGUCAAUAAGGAGCAACAACUUAAAGAUAACGAUUCAGUCAAAACAAUGCCAUGCACAGAAGUGCAGAUGGAUGGUGAUGCUGCCAAUAUGGCUGACACAGUGGAGCGUAAUGCAAAUGAAGCCAGAGACGGGGCUCACGCUGUCAUCUGUGAUGGCAGUGAGUCAAAAGAGGAGAUGCACAAAGUAGAUCACAACGUGAAGGAUUCUGUUGAAGCGGCAAAACCAGAAGCAGUGCAUGCUGGGAAAGAUACCACAAACAAGGAAAUCACUAAAGCACAAACUGCUGUGCAUGUUGGGAAGGAUUUCAUUGAUAACGAUAAGGCACUCAAAGCAGUGCACAGUGAAAAUGUUCCCAGAGAUUAUGGAAACACCAAAGACCAGGUGCAAACUGCAAUGCAGGAUGGGAAUGAUACUAGAGAUGAGACCCUACCAGCGGUGAUUUGUGGAGAAGAUUCAGGAGAUAAAACACCACCUGAGGUGUGUGAUGGGAACACGUCUGUGGCUGAGACACUACCAGAGAUAUCACAUACUGAAAAUGAUUCCCAAAAAGAAACACUGGCAGUGUUGCAUGGUGGAAAUGAUCUGAGAGAUACGACACUACCUGUGAAAUGUAAUGGCAAGCUGUACAUAGACGUAGAACCCACUGUAGUGCAUGAUAUAAAUGGUUCCACGGAUGAGGAACUACCAAUGGGGCAGGGUGGAGAUGUUUCUGCUGGGACUAGCAGAGUACUGCCAGAGAUGCAUGGUGAGAUUAAAUGUAAAGAUGUACUGCCCACGCAAGUAUUUCCAGAAUGCGAUGGGAACGUGCCUUUUGUAGGCGAGUUUGACACACUCAUUCAGCCCAAUAAUGUUUUAGGAGUGGCUAAACAUGAAAUAAAUGAGGCUGAUGUACAAACUAAAGAACAGGAAAAAGAAUUGAUGCAGGGUCAGAGUAAAUCUGAUGAUGUCACAACUCAAAGUUCCACAACAUUCCCGCCAGGGUCCCAACAUUCUCAAGACGAGACAUUAGAAAGACUGACAGGUCAGGUAGAAAUACCACUGAUUCCCAGGGAAGACAUCGCACACACAGAUGAGCUACAUUCAAUAGGUGAGGUAUCAGAGAUGGCGCAAGGUCAGGUAGAAAUUCCAUUUAUUGGAGUAGAAAUACCAUUUAUUGGACUAGAGAAGAAUAGCCAGGAUAUCAAUCACACAGAGGUGCAUGAUACUCACCCAAGUCAGAAAGAGACACUGAUCACAGUCUGUGAUAGUGCUAAUGUGUUAUCAGGUGAAAUGCUAGCAAAAAUAUUUUCAAAGGGAACAGAAUCUGUCAGUCGAUGCCCAACUGUGGAUGAGGUGCUGUAUGGUUACAUCCCCAUUCCUGACAUCUGCAGUGCCUCCUUGGCCAUCUGUGAUGCCGAUGGGGUCAGCAAACCCCUCAGCACUGGGGAAGGUUACGGCAGAUGCCCAACUCCUACAGAAGACGAGCCACCUUUCGUUCCAGGAUUUUCUUAUGACCAUCACACACCAAACACUGUUUUGUUGCCCAAUGCAAAAGACACCAACAGUCCCAACCUCGAUAGUGGUCUUGCGCUCAUUGAAAAUGAAAAGGAUCAUCAUGAACCAAGUCUUAGUCUCUAUAAAGCUAGGGCUGCUACUGGGUUGCACAAUCUGCAUAAAUCCAGCAACAAUAACAAACCAAAUAAUCUGGAAGCCAUUGAUAAUCGGUUCUCUCAAGUAUUGGCUGAUCCUCGCAAGAACCCAAUCGCCACUAGCACACCUCUCAACACCCCCUCAUCUUCUUUAAAGGAAAGAAGUGAUUACGAUCCAUAUUCGAAUACGCGACUUGCCGCUGUUGAACCAGACCUGCAUGCUAAUUCAAGUCGCCAUUUGCUGCAUAGUUUCUCUUACUCGUUUCCCAACACCCACUGUUCCUUAACAGAGAAAGCUGCCUUCUCUGUGCCAUCAAUCCACCCGGAAGUCCUGUCCAAUGAAACAACAUUAACUGGGAACUUUAGUGAAAUUGCUUUAGAAAGAGAGACUUGCUUGCGUCCUGCCUUAAGUGAGCUCAUCCUACAGUCCACCCGUCUGAGUAUUCCAGCGGGCAGUGGACCAACAGCAGCUUCUCAGAACCUUUCAGUGCACAGUUUUACUCAGCCCCAGCCAAACAGCCAGAAACCUGCCAUGAUUGUGAAUGUCUCCAAGAGUGAGGACAGCAGAGGACAGUACAACUGGGAAGAAGGACAAACAGAUAUUGACCCUAUGUCUUCAGAUGUCCUAAAAAGCAAACAAACCGAUACCCCUGUCCGCUCAAACACUAAUGCUCACCCUUAUAACACACAGUAUGCCACAGAGAUGAGACAGAUUGCAGUUUUGCAAGAUUAUGAGGAUGUUAUGGCUGAUGAGGAUGUUAUGGGUGAUGAUGAGGAUGUUAUGGCUGAUGAGGAUGUUAUGGCCGAUGAUGAGGAUGUUAUGGGUGAAAACGAGGCACCUUCUGUAGAUAAAGACAACAUUGAAUCCAGUUUAGAGACCAAUUGGAUAUCAGAUGACAAACAUUUAAGAAGUAAAUUCCGGUUAAAUAAAACAAGACUUGACUUCAUCAACUCUUUACGCCAGUCUCAGGAAUGGGAGCAAAGGGGAUUUGAUGGGGUUUUGGACUUCAACAAGCAAGGCACUUCCUCGUCAGUCACCAUCCAGUCUGAAGAAUCAGACAAAAUACUUUCCCAUAUGGAAGAGAACCAACAGGAGUGGUUAAAGUAUUGUAGGGCUAAGAGGAGUGGCAGCCAGAUGGAUAUGACCAAGGAAGAAGACUCCUCAGUGGCAAAGCCACGCUUAGUUACCGUUUUGGAUCACAAAGGAAACAGAAUCACCUAUGAAAACUAUCCCGUUUUAAAACCUACAGCAAGCAUGCACACACGGACAGUUCCUGACUCGAACAGACAGGGCUUGAGCAGUUUUCUGGAGUUCUCCAAGAGGUGGGAUGAUACACAUAACGCUGAGGAAUCUGAUCUUACUCAGUCAUCUAUGGAUCUGGAGACCCUCAUCUUCUCAGAGAGAAUGAACCAGAUGCUAAAACGUAAGAGUAGUAGCAGCAACAGGUACAUCCGAUCGAGACACCGCAGGUCAAACGUAGAAGAAAGAGCUUCCACCAGUAGCCCGGCUGUGACAGUGCACUUUUCCAGUCUACAGGAGGAUCAGGACGGCUCCGAGGAGCACUGGGAGGCGAUACCAUCACUUGCGGGACAAAAGAUCAGAGUGGAGAUGCCUGAAAGGAUGGCUAUGCCUGAAGAAACAGAUGGAGAACCUCAGCAUCUUAAGAAACUUUCCUGUACAAAGGGCAGUGAGAUGACGCAUGUAAAAGUUUCAGAUCUGGUUGUGGAUAGUUUCAGGGUGUACCAUGCUAUGAUGACUGAGGUCUGUGCAGGCAAAAAAUACCCAUCCAGAACUGAUAGACUCAAGAGAGAAGACGCAAAGAGAAACAGUUCGCCAAAGUCUCGAGCUCCAAGCAAAGACAAAGACUUCUGUGGGAAGAUGAAGGAGGACAUGUAUGACAGCCUGCAUGAUAAUCUGAACUCUGUUGUGAGACAGUCAUGUAAGAACAAGUUCAGGUUCUACAUACUGGUGACAUCAUCUGACCCAUUCUUCAGAGAGACGAAGGAGCUGUUAGAAGCAGAGGGCCACAUUGCGGUAGAACAGUCUCAAUUCUGCCUGGGAAAGGAUAGUCCAUUGUGCCCUCUACACAUCAUCUUAAGGAACGAAGAUAUCGCUGAACACAUUUGUGAGGUCCCUCACUUGCUUGAGUUAAAGAAGUCUCAGAAUGUGUUGUUUGCUGGUAUUGACCGUCCUGAUGACAUCGUGAACCUGACCCACCAAGAACUCUUCAGCAAAGGCGGUUUCGUGGUGUUUGAGGGAGCAGCUCUGCACACACUCAGUCUCAGCAACAUGAAGAAAAUGUCUGGUUUCCUGGAGGGAUUGAGUAAAAAAGGGAAGUGGAAAUGGCUCUUGCACUACAGAGAUAGCCGGAAGCUGAAAGAGAAUGCACGGUCUAGUGCGGAAGCACAGGGCAAAAAAAUAUUCAUGGACAUCUGCCAGGAGGCUGGAAUGGUGGAGGUCUUACCAUACCAUGAAUGUGACGUCAUUUCAAGGGAACGACCCAACUACCUCCACUGUCUAGUUCGCCUACAGGUCCAGAAUGUAUCGGCUCGUUUACCUGUAUUUAUAACUGACACAACGGCAGACAAAGCGUUUGCAAAACAUGGGAUCUUCACAAUGAAUAUAAACUCUUUCCUGCUGAUUUCUCAGAGUGACACAUGCACUAUUUCUUAAGCUGAUGGGGAAGCUGUCCACAGAAGUCCUCAGUACAUCAAAAUGCAAUGACAUUCUAUUUAUAAAGCCCUUUUUUUUUAGUUGUCACAAAGUUGUCAAAGUGAUUUAAAUUAACCCAACCAAGAGGCCAAUGAGCAGCGGCAAAGAAAUACUCUAAGGAAACCUUCAAACCUCGAGAGGAACCACUCAGAAGGGGGAGGCCCCUUUAAGAAAUAAACAUUUCUAUUCCAAAAUCAACUUUUUGGGGAAUUCUUGGGAGUUCUCUCAGAAGUUUAAUACAUACUGACGAUCUAACCCAGAUCUAAACCAUAAUACAAAAAAAAAAAUAAGUAAAAUUUAAAAAAUAAAUAAAAAUGGUUUAUAUCAAGGCUAAGAACAUUUCCGUAGAUCAACGUUUUGGUUCCUUUGUGUAAAUUGCCUUUAAUUUCAUGUAGAUAUAUUUAUUCGUAAUAUUAUUAUUUUUUAUAAACAGGUAGAUUGUGUAUAGAUUAACAUCUGCUUCGGCGUUAUAUUUCUUCAAUUGUGUAUUUAUAUGUAUGUUUGUAAAGACAUUUAUUGUACUUUUGCGAUAUAAAGAAAUUGAAGUA